AUGGAGACCCUACUUUCGCAAACCACAACACACCACCCGCACCUCUCGACACACGACAAGAUGGACUUCGCUUUCCGCAAGUUCUCGGGAUCGAAGACCAAGGACGUCCACGACUGGGCCGACGAUACCAAGCUGCUCCUGGAGGUCGCCUCCACGACGAUGGACGCCCGCCAAGUGAAGCUCCAUCUGUACCUACAACUCGACGGGCGGGCCAAGUCUUUCUAUUGA